AUGGCUGGACCCGGAGUAAACCGCAAGGGCAAUUCAUCUAAUAGUCCACUUGAUAAGAAUCAGAAUUCAGAUGUAAACCAUACCCUGAAAAACAAUCAGUUCAAUAAUGGAGAUGCGUCAGAACCGUUUGUAUCUGAUGCAAUGGCUAAAAAUUCCAAACAAUUACUUUACGCGCAUAUUUACAACUACUUAAUCCACAACCAGCACUUUGACUCAGCGAAAAAGUUUUUACAGGAGGCCAAUCUGCCACUCUCAAAAGAUAUUCCUCGUAACUCUCUAAAUGGGGACAAACUAUUGAACUCAAAAAUGUUGAUGAAUUCCCCAGAUACGUUUUUAUUGGAAUGGUGGCAGUCCCUUUGGGCACUAAACGAGUAUGUCGAAACAACUCCUACAGAACAACUGAUGAGUUUGAGACCUUUUAACGAUAGAAUUGUACCAAUUCUGCCACAAGCUCCCCUUCAAGAAAUGGUAGGGAGGAUGGGGGUGCGACCAGGGCCUAAUACACGUAAUAUGGCACCAAGUAAUAUUGCACAACAACAACCAAUGAGGCACAUGCAGUCUCCAGGUAGUGCACCAACGCCAUAUUCUGCAAACAUGAAUUCUUUCCCUAUCGCUCCAGCAACAAAUUCAUUUCAGACAAUUCCUGGUUCUGCGCCGCCUCAAUCAGACGCAAAUAUAAUGCAAAGUCCAAACUUCUAUCAGAACUUAGAUGGCCUCAAUAACGGAAAGGCUUCGUUUAGAAACACUGGUUCGUUAUCAGGUCCAAAAGGAAGGCAAGGAAAAAAGCUAUCGGUAAAUAACAAAGGGAUAGACCAAGCGUCUGAUAAAGAUUUGAAAAAUACUGCAAAGUCAAAACAACCAAAGAGUUCAAAAGCAAUAGGAAAUUCAAAUGCAUCCUCCAAAGUGGUUAAACCGAGUCCCCCAGUAUCACAACAAGUACAGGCGAACUGGAAUAAGCUACAGCAGCAGCAGCAACAACAGCAGCAGCAACAACAACAGAUUCGAAUGCAAUAUCAAAAGAUGAUGACAAUGAUGCAGCAACAAAAGCAGCAGCAGCAACAGCAACAACAACAACAACAACAACAACAACAUCAACAUCAACAACAACAACCACAACCACAACAUCAACAUCAACAACAACAUCAACAUCAACAACAACAUCAACAACAUCAACAACAAAUUCCAAACACCAGCGUACUUGCAGGACAAGGAGAUCCCAACGAUAUGAAUACACCUUCCCAACAAUUAACCCCACACCAGUUUAUACAGCAACAAAGAGCGUACGAAAACAUCAUGAAAUCUCAGCAAUAUGAAGAAUCUUUGAUGAAAGAUCAGCCAUUAUAA